AUGUCGCCGUUCCCUGUGUCUUUAGGUAGGCUGUCGGUCCUGCUUUACGUGCCUUUCCUCCCUCUCGGAUUGGCCGCGGAUGUAGUAGAUGUGACGGAUAUUGGAAUCUUCAGUCAACUAGCUCCUUGUGCUGCCUCCGCCUUAUCAUGGGCAGUAAACCGCGAGUCCUCGGCCUCGAGUUGCUCUGGCGCGACUCAACUCCAGUCAUGCGUCUGCUCCAACUCCGCUAUAUCCAACAAGGUCCUGGCCACCAUGACAACCGACCUCACCUCGAGCUGCGGCGGCCCGGCGACCGAUGAUAUCAACAGUGCGAAGCAAGUAUAUACCAAGUUCUGUAACCCCGACUCCACCAUCACGUUCCCCUCGCCGACCACGAAUAUUGUCAACGCCUACAUCACCGAGCUUUCGGAGAUGCAAUACAUGGCGCCCUGCGCCCAGUCGGGUCUGUCAGCCGCCGUGAUGGGACAGGUAGGCUUUACCGCAAUCUAUACCCGGGUAUUUCAAGAUGGAAGUCUGACAACUAGUGGGAAGAUGUCAAAAUGUCCAAAGGAUGCAGAUCGCUAUGCUCCAUGCGUUUGCAGUAAACCGCAUGUCACUUCCAGUGUCAGUAAUGCGUUAGUGAGCUCAAUCAAGUAUUACUGCUCCAACACCGAGGACCUCAGCUUCGCCCAGACUUUUUACCACGAAUACUGCGCCAUGAAUAACGGCACGACAUCGUUUGCGGUUCCCUCAGGGCCGCCCGGAGACAUGACCUACUACAUCUCUGCUCUUCCUCAGUUCCAGUCACUAAGAGGCUGCGCACAGACGGCAGUUGGAAGCGCUUUCGAAUACCAAACAAUGUCCCUUUGCGCACCUGGCCCGCAAGCCUUGGCCUCAUGUAUCUGCAUCAAAUCCGGCAUGAAGAGCUUGGUCUCGAGUAGUUUGACGUCCUCCGUCAAGUACUACUGCAGCUCCACCGCCACGGCAGAUGUGACAUCGGCUCUCAGCGUCCUCGAGUAUUAUUGCAGCGCAGCCGAGAGCAAGGUCGUCGCUACCGUUGCUCAAUCCGUCGCCGAGUCAUAUCCCACGGUCGAAUCUCGCACCGGGCCAACUUCAUCGAACCCGACUCAGACGAGCUCCAGCACCGGCAGCGUUGGAGGCGGGGACAAUUCUGGGAAUAAGAGCAGCGACAACAACUCGUCGUCAACCACUCAGGGUGGCUCGAAAGUUUCGCAGACUGCCAUCAUCGCGGCUGGGGUGCUCGGGGCCGUUGUGGCUAUUGGUGCGAUAGGCGCGUUGGGCUGGUUCAUCCGUCGCAAGAAACUCAAGAAGGAGGCGGAGAAGGAUAACAAUCCGGGUACCUCGCCCCCCGACCGACCGAUCUACGAAUAUCAUGGCACGCCAGAGCUCGGCGGAGACAACACUCAUGGCCCGAUGGGCGUCAGUAAGCCCGGAGUCGUGGUCACGACGCGCCCCGAACUUGGGGGAGGACAGCAACAACAGCACUACUCAGAGUUGGCACCGCAACACCAGUACAAGCCUGAGCUUGGGGAUAAUGCAUCGGUCUACUCCUACGGCGCCCCGCAGGAAUUAGCCAGCCCGGUAAAUGGAUACCAACCUCCCCCGUUCAGUAAUGGAAGGCCAGUACAGGAGCUGCCCGGUAUGGGCUGGCAGUCUGGGCCGGUAGAGACGUAUGAAAUGGAUGCCCAGCCUGCGCGACGGCAAUGA